GUAUUUUUUCUCUCUUCACUUCUCCUUUUACACAAAUAGACAUAGACUUCUGGGUUACCAGACUGUGCUCGCCACUUUAAAGAUAAUAAGCAAAUUCUACCUGAAGUACUGAGGGACACUGCCUUCUAAAGGGCAUACUAUCCCAGCAUGGGCAUGAGCAGCCUGAAAUUGCUGAAAUAUGUUCUGUUUUUCUUUAACUUUCUUUUUUGGGUCUGUGGCUGUUGCAUUUUGGGCUUUGGGAUCCACCUCCUGGUCCAGAAUACCUAUGGAAUACUCUUCCGUAAUCUCCCCUUCCUGACACUUGGCAAUGUUCUGGUCAUUGUGGGCUCCAUUAUCAUGGUAGUUGCCUUCUUGGGCUGCAUGGGAUCAAUCAAGGAGAAUAAGUGCCUGCUUAUGUCGUUCUUUGUUCUGCUGCUGCUUAUUCUCCUUGCUGAGGUGACCUUAGCCAUCCUGCUCUUUGUGUAUGAAAAAAAGAUCAACACGUUAGUGGCAGAGGGCCUGAAUGACAGCAUCCAACAUUAUCACUCUGACAACAGCACCAGGAUGGCAUGGGACUUCAUCCAGUCACAACUGCAGUGUUGUGGUGUAAAUGGCUCAAGUGAUUGGAUCAGUGGUCCACCAUCUUCCUGCCCAUCAGGUGCAGAUGUUCAGGGUUGUUAUAAAAAAGGGCAGGCGUGGUUUCACUCCAAUUUCUUGUAUAUUGGAAUUGUUACCAUCUGCGUAUGUGUGAUACAGGUGCUGGGGAUGUCCUUUGCUCUGACACUGAACUGCCAGAUUGACAAAACCAGCCAGGCUUUAGGGCUGUGAUUUACACCUACCUUCUGCUUAAGUGAUUUAUUUCUCUCUAGAAAGUCAAAGCACCCAUUCCAUAAGGAGUUAAACAAUUACGUGCCUCACUGGCAUUUUGACUUUCUCUUAUUCCUUCUUUGACUGGACCUCUGUCUUAUACACAUCCAGGGAAGAGAACAUUUGUCAUGGACUUCCCACAUCAAGCAGAAGACAAACAUUAACCAACUGAUAGCAGUAACCAUAUCCCUUAAAGAUGAUGAAACAUACCUGGGUAAUUUUUUAAAAGAGACACUGUAGCACUGUAAUUUGAUAUCCACUGCUAGCUGCAGGUGUGGAUAUAUCUCAGAAUACUGGCCUACCACAUGUAAUCCAUUGAGUUUAGCCCCAAAUCCAAUAAAAAGAGGUCCAAGUUUAAAUGUUAGACUCUUAACAAUUGUAAAAUCAAUCUCUACCUUCUAAAUCUUGCUGCUGUCACUCUACAAAGUCACAUAGGAGACAAGCUGAAGGAAAAUUUGGAGUCCCAUUCAUUAGAUAAUUGACAUGUCCAGUUCCCUUUUGAACACAGUCCUUGGGAAUAGGAAUCAUACAGAGAUCUUUUAUCACUGGAAAAACAUUCUGAUUUCUUUGUUAAAAUGUAUUAUUGAUUUUGUUACAUCAUCCACACAUCCAUCCAUCCAUCCAUCCAUCCAUCCAUCCAUCCAUCCAUCCAUAAAAGACUAAUUAUUCUCAUCCUACCAUCAGCCAGUUUGCAGCUUUGAAUUACAUUGCCAAAGAACAACUCAGAAGAAUUAAUAUCUCCAGUGUGUUAGCUGAUAAUCAUAUCCAUGUUGAUGUUGUUGUUAUUUCUCUAUUAAAUAAGGUUCUGUUAAUGUACCAUUUUAACCUGUCAAUAAACAAAAGUUUAUAUCACUAUUCAUCAAA